CUUACACGAUAUCCCAGAUGAAAAGACACUCAUAUCCCCCGUAAUUGAAUGUGGACCUCAUGACAUAAAAUUUUUAAAGCCUGUCGAAAUCAUUGUUCCGCAUUGCCUCUACCUGAAGGAGGUCAAGGAAAGGGGGAUUUCUGUCUACAGAACAGACCCAGGUUCUAUCAAUUGGGAGAAAAAAAAAAGCGAAUCAGAGAAAACAGACCAAUCGAAGGCAUGGUUUAUGGUCAAACCAGACUCCAUUCAUAUAAAAACCAUGAACUUUUCUUUAUGGAGCAUAUUUGCCUAUGGAGGACCAAAGAAGAAACGUGCCACCGUUUUUUCGAGCAAACCGGAUUGUGCAAGUGAUCUCAUAUAUUUGCGAUUCUACGUGUACAAUGAUAAUGAUGAUUCUAGAAGGCAAGUGGAGAUGAAAGACGAACAGCGGUUUUGCGAAUCAAAGCGAUCGAGGGAGAAACCCUUCAAAUUGUCCAACGACAACAAAUGGCUGACCGUGAAAGUUACUAAUAUUGAGGAAGGCUGGAAACUAGACAAGACAAAUCCAGAGCAGAUCUACCAUUGCAAUAAACCCUAUGGCCGUAAAAAAAGAGCUGUUGAUGCAAUAGACAUUAUAGCAAAACCGAAAAAAGGACGAGAAGUAAAUGGCUUUUCUUGUAAGAUAAUGUUCCAACAAGAUGGUGAUGAAGAAGUACAUGAAAUAUAUGUGAACCCAGGCUUUCCACCUUUGAAGCUGUCACACGCCACUAUCGAAAAAUUUUGUCAGGAUGAAAAAAGUGAGUCCUAG